GCCCUCCCUUCUCCCUCUAUUUCCUCUCUCUCUCUGUCUCUCUCUUUCACACUCUCACUUUCCAUCCCAUUUCUCCCCUCCUUCAAUCUAUUACACUCUUCCUGCUCCUACUACAGCACAGGAACAACAAGCUCCCAGAAAGCCAGAAUUAUUUAUUUUAGCCCCCAAUCCCCCACAUCCAAAGCCCACUAGAAACAAAGAGCUGGUUAAAAGGAAGCAAGGGGUGGGAGAGAAAAGGAGAAGAAGACAGAGAAGGCGAAUAGAGGCGGGGGGGGGUGGGGGAAUUUUUUUUUAUAAAAAAUAAAAAUAAAAACGAUGUCUUUCCCCUGGUCUCUGCUUGUGCUCUUUGUACCCAUCGUGUCCAAAAACCAAAACCCGUCAGCACCAGAGCAGUGAGCGGACCGGCGCAGGAAGGCCAGCGGGAUCGCCGGUUCGUGGCAUGGACGCCCCCGACGGCCACCAAUUCCGGCCCCCGCCGGUGGUUUCCUCCUGUUAAAUGCCCGGCCAUCGCUCCCUCCACCGCCGCGGCGCCCGACCCCGCAGACGUCGACGAUGGAAGACGCCAGAUAACAACCAUAUAUGGAUAGAUAGAUACCAAUAUCAUCAACAACAACAUCAGCAGCAGGAACCACAUAAUAUAAUACUAGUUUGGUUUGGAAUCUCUUCUUCUUCUUCUUCUUCUUCUUCUUCUUCUUUUUCUCUAAGCUGAAGGAUCGAGUUGGAGCAGUGCAAGGAGUUUGAUAUAGAGGGGGAGGAUCUGUUGUUCUUCUUUUGGUAGUACUGUUCAUGGCGACAGCGAAUGCCUCCACUUCGGCGGCGGCGACGGCGCUGGACCCGCCUGCGGCGUCGGCGAUGGAGGAAGCGGCCGCGAAGGCGGUGCACAAGAGGUACGAGGGGCUGAUGACGGUGCGGACCAAGGCGAUCAAGGGGAAGGGGGCGUGGUACUGGGCCCACCUCGAGCCCAUCCUCGUCCAGAGCUCCGACACCGGCCUCCCCAAAGCUGUCAAGCUCCGCUGCUCCCUCUGCGACGCCGUCUUCUCCGCCUCCAACCCCUCCCGCACCGCCUCCGAGCACCUCAAGCGCGGCACCUGCCCCAAUUUCACCUCCCCCUCCUCCGCCGCCGCCCCCGCCCUCCCCUCCCCACCCCCCCAACCCAUCUCCUCCAUCGCCCCCUGCUCCUCCAUCGGCCACCACCAUCACAACAGCCGCAAGCGCUCCUCAUCCGCCGCCAACCCUCCGCCGGGCUCCUCCUACCACCACCACCUCCACUCUUCCUCUCUCGCCCUCAUCGACCCUUCCCGCUUCUCCUCCUCCUCCUCCCCGACCGCCGCCUCCGCUGGCGGCGACGUCGUCGUGUACCCCUCUUCCGCCACCCCGCCUCCGCCGCACCACCUGGUCCUCUCCGGCGGGAAGGAGGACCUGGGGGCUCUGGCGAUGCUGGAGGACAGCGUUAAGAAGCUCAAAAGCCCCAAGACCUCCCCCGGCCCUGCCCUCUCCAAGGCCCAGGUCGACUCCGCCCUCUCCCUCCUCUCCGACUGGUUCUACGAGUCCUCCGGCGCCGUCUCCCUCUCCUCCGCCGAGCACCCCAAGUUCCGCUCCUUCCUUCACCACGUCGGCCUCCCCAUGCUCUCCCGCCGCGACCUCGCCGGCCCCCGCCUCGAUGCCCGCUUCGAGGAGGCCCGCGCCGAUGCGGACGCCCGCAUCCGCGACGCUCUCUUCUUCCAGCUCUCCUCCGACGGCUGGCGCCCCCGCGACGCCGCCUCCUCCUCCUCCUCCGACGCGCUCGUCAGCCUCUCCGUCAACCUCCCCAACGGCACCUCCGUCUUCCACCGCGCCGUCCUCACUCACGGCGGCGCCCCCUCCAAGUACGCCGAGGAGGUCCUCUGGGACACCGUCGCCGACGUCUGCGGCAGCUCCGUCCAGCGCUGCGCUGGCAUCGUCACUGACCGCUUCAAGUCCACGGCGCUGCGCAACCUCGAGAACCAGCACAAUUGGAUGGUCAACCUCUACUGUCAGCUGCAGGGCUUCUACAAUCUCAUCAAAGACUUUGCUCGCGAACUCCCUCUCUUCCACUCCGUCGUCUUCAACUGCUGUAAACUCGCCACCUUCUUCAACACCAAGAACCAGGCUAGAGGUAUCUUCCAUAAAUACCAACUCCAAGAACUCGAUCACACAUUCCUCCUCUGUGUCCCGCCCUCGUUCAACUCUUCGGCGGACAGAGUCUCCCACAGCAGAGAGAUUGUUCGUGAUUUUGUCCCCGUCUUCGCAAUGCUUGAGGACAUCGUGGCCUCUUCCCGAGCGCUCCAAUUGGCAGUCCAUGACGAGUCCUACAAGCUUGUCUGCCUUGAGGACUCAAUAGCGAGAGAAUUGGGGGAGAUGAUCCGGGACAUGGGUUUCUGGGGCGAUUUGAAUGCAGUAUGCUCGCUUGUUAAGUUGGUCAAGGAGAUGGCUCAGGAAAUGGAGGCCGAGCGGCCGCUCGUUGGGCAAUGUCUCCCUCUGUGGAACGAGCUGAGGGCAAAGGUGAAGGAUUGGUGCAACAAAUUCAGCAUUGAGGACGGACCUGUGAAGAAGGUGGUCGAGAAAAGGUUCGAGAAGAACUACCAUCCCGCUUGGUCGGCGGCGUUCAUAUUGGAUCCAUUGUAUUUGAUUAAGGACUCCAGUGGGAAGUACCUCCCACCAUUCAAGUGCUUGACGCCGGAUCAGGAGAAGGAUGUGGACAGGCUGAUCACUAGGAUGGUUUCCCGAGAGGAAGCCCAUAUUGCAUUGAUGGAGCUGAUGAAGUGGAGGGCAGAGGGGUUGGAUCCUCUCUAUGCACAGGCAGUGCAGGUGAAGAAGCCCGAUCCAGUGACGGGGAAGAUGAAGAUUGCGAACCCACAGAGCAGCCGGCUCGUGUGGGAGACGCACCUCAGUGAGUUCAAAUCACUAGGGAAGGUGGCUGUGCGGCUCAUCUUCCUUCACGCCACCUCGUGUGGAUACAAGUGCAAUCUGUCGCUGCUGCGAUGGGUGUGCAUGCAUGGCCGCUCAAGAGCGGGUAUGGAUCGAGCUCAGAAGCUGGUCUUCGUGGCAGCCCAUGCAAAGCUAGAAAGGAGGGAUUUCUCAAAUGAGGAGGAGAAGGAUGCGGAGCUCUUCGAUGAUGGGGAGGAUUAUAUGCUACAUGAGUCUGCCUUUGUGGAUGCCUAAUCGGUGUAACAUUUUUAUUUGAUUUUUUUUCUUUUCCUUUUCCUUUUUCCUGCCUUUUGUAGAAUUGGAUUUGUAGGAAUUGGCAGAAUUUUUUCUACAAAUUCUUCGCUGCGCCCAUGUUGUUUUCCUUACUUGCUGGAUGGUGGUGAGGAAGGAUUGAGGGCAUGAGAGGGACAUGAUCAAUUUGCUGAGAAUACAGCAUCUCAUGCCUGGGCAUAUGAUAAUGUGAGGCUUGUUGAGUUGCACAAGGGAAGUCUUCUUGUUUAUAACAGAAUUGAUGAGAAAAUUAGAACAGGAAGAAUGAAUGUAACAUUUUGGUUAUUGAGAAAUAAUAUUGAUAUGAAGUUGGAAGCAACCAGCAUCAUUUUGAUUC